AUGGUGCAAGCAAUCGUUGUCAGUGCGCCGGCCACCCUGGCGGUUGAAAACGACCGCCCGAUGCCUACCCUCCGGGAUGACAGCAUCCUCGUGAAAGUCGCCAGCGUUGCCCUGAACCCGACUGACUGGAAAAACGCGCUCCGAAGCCAGCCCGGGGUGACAAUUGGCUGCGACUACGCGGGGAUUGUCGAGGCCAUCGGUCCAGCAGUGAAGAAGUCCUUCCGGGUUGGAGACCCCGUGUUCGGCCUCGUCCACGGCUGCAACCCCGAGCAAGCGUCCGACGGGGAUUCACAUGCUGUUUCAUAUUGUCGAAAGGCUCCAUCCGGUACUACACCAGAGUAG